AUGGCACCUAAAACCAGUGGAAAGGCCGCCAAGAAGUCCGGAAGGAAGAAGAGGAGACAGCGCAGGAAAAAAAGCUAUGCCAUCUACAUCUACAAGGUGUUGAAACAGGUCCACCCGGACACCGGAGUCUCGUCGAAGGCCAUGAGCAUCAUGAACAGCUUCGUCAAUGACAUCUUCGAACGUAUUGCUGCUGAGUCGUCCCGUCUGGCUCAAUACAACAAACGCUCGACGAUCACCUCCCGCGAAAUCCAAACUGCUGUCCGUCUGCUGCUGCCGGGUGAGUUGGCCAAGCACGCUGUCUCUGAAGGAACCAAGGCCGUCAACAAGUACAUUAGCUCCAAGUAA